CUCUAGCGCCCCCGUAAGUAGUUCCAAUGUUCUCAGUAGACAUCUUGAGACUAUGAUGCUUUCGAAACGGUUCUACUGAAAGUCGGUCAAAUCUGAAGGCGUUUUUUACAAGCGCAUCAUUCGGUUUUCCCGAGUUUCACAACAAGCGCACUGCCCAGUAGUUGCCGAUUCUGGUGAAAGCAGCUCCUAAGUGAAAGUGAGUGUCCUUACGAACUAUUUCCAAUGGACGACGCAGGCCUCAGUUGGAGCUUUAGGUGACUGACGUCUUCGCACGCUUCAACAUCGCCCCUAUCUUUUAAUGUGACGACGCUCCUUGAACUCGUAGUGCAGACUCGUACUCAUAGCGCAGAAAGAAGGACUCAAUAAUUGAAACUCAAAGUUGUUUUAUUUUUUUGGGCGAAGUCUCCAGUCCACCGGUCCCGUUAGGGAGCAGGGAGGACAUCUACUUUGGCGACCGACUACUGGCCUUUCUAUCUAGCAAAAGUACUUCAUUACAGCAGCAGCCUCAAGCAAAAAUUCAUUCGCACACAGCACCGUACUUACAACUAUCUACACCGGCCAAAAUUCGAAACACAUCAUGAAGUCGUCCUUCGUUCUUUACUCUUCUACUGCUGCGCUUCUGUCUCAGCCUCUCGUCUACUUACCACAGCAAGUUGCCGCCCUGGCCCCCCAUCCCGAGGCGUCCAAGCGGAAGCCGGACAAGAAGGCCCACGGCAAGCUCAAGGGAGGCCACCCAAUCGAGUUGCAGGACCGGAUCAAGGGCGCCUACUAUGGCGCGCUGGUCGCCGACGCGUUUGCGCUGCAUUCCCACUACGAAUACGAUGCAAAAGUGAUCAAGGAGGCGCACGGGGGAGCGUUGAUCGACAAAUUUUACGGUCCGGGGGAGCUGAUGGGCGGCACGACGCACGGCGUCGGCUGGGGCCGCCGAAACUACCACCCCGGACAGCGGGCGGGGGACCAAACGGAUUACGGGUUGUACAACGUGGUUGCGCUGGAUAUGCAGUGCAAAAGUAUCGUACUAGUAAAACAGCAUUACAAAUUUUUCCAGAAGGAAAAAUGAUAUUUGUAAUGCUGAAUAAGCUAAGGAACCAGAUUUGUCAUGCAUGACUGCAAUUACUACGAGUGCGAUGCUUUUGCACAGGAUACUGGAGUAUCUCCAGCAAAACCACCACGCGGAAAAGAUCAAGAAUCCGAAAUAUAACGCGUCCGACGAAUAUCAAAUGUAAAAAUGUCUGGGUCUGGAAGAGUCAUGCCGUUUUUGCAUGACACAGAAGGGCUGGCAUGGAAGCUCUAGCAUCACAGGUUUCGAAAAGCUUCCGCAAUGCCGAAUCCGCAUGACAGGUCCCCCAUUUUGGUGGCAGAAAGCAGGCAGUUUUUGCUACCUACGCAUGAGAGAUUUUUUUGUGUUCGAAAAUGCGCAUCACAAGUUUGGACUCUUCCAGACCCAGACAUUUUUACAGUUGAUAACGAACUGAUCCACCCGAAACACAACACCACGCACAUCUUCAAGCACCUGAACCAACCCAUUGACCCCACGUCGCUGGUGAUUUUGUGGAAGAAAAAGAUCGAGGACAUCAACUGGGGUGCGUGGAAGUGCACGCAGUCCCGAACGACUUUGGAGCAAGUGAAGCGCGGGCAGCGGUUCCCGGACAUUGGGGGCAAUUCCAACGCGAUGGCGGUCCGGUCCGCGGGCAUUUUCGGCGCAUACGACGACGAAGACAUCGCGGCACAGGCGAGUCGGGUGCUGUCCUUCACACACAGGAGUCACGAGGCGCUCGUGGGGGCGGAGUUUUUCACACGGGUGGCGCACAAGGUACAAGUAUGUAGUCUUGUAUGGGGGCGAUGGUUUAUUUCUCAGUUGCUCCUGUGACGGCAUCGCAAAUCAAGUUCAAAAGUAUGCCAUGAUAAAAUGCUGCGAGCGCGCAUUAGAUGUAGAAGCCGAGGAGUUGAAGCAAUGCGCCAGCAUAUCAAAUCCAUCUCACCAUCAGGUAAUUUUCCUCUCCAUGACACCGAAAAGUGCGAUCAAAGCUACCUGCGCGUGGUUCGAGCACAAGCGGGACAAAUUUGUGAUGGAGCAGUGCGAAAAGGGCAUGAACAAGUUUAAGGAGGUGCGAAGACGGCACUCCCGGCUGGCGAAGGAGGAAUUCGCCGACGACCUAGCGAUGACUUCCAUGGCCAGAUUGUGGGAAGUAGGGAAGACGGAGCCGAUCAAGGUAUGAUUGAAUACGUUGCUGUUGAUACCAUGUUGUGGAGGGUAGUAGAACCUCCUAGGAAUCCGAGUGGUCGUGGUCUGGUCCACAAAUUAUCACGACUUACGGUGCCCUUACUACCACGUUGUGGUGGAGGUGAAACAAGCAAGUAGGAUUUCUACGAUUUAGUUUCUUUGUGUUUGAAGGAACACCACUGCAAUUUCAGGUCGGCAAAGCCUCCCCAACGGAGGGCACGAUGCCGGCGUCAAUCUACAUGAUUUUGAAGUAUGAGGACGAUUACGAAGACGCGGUGAAGAACAACGCCAUGGUGGGCGGCGACAGCGCCAGCCGCGCAAUCGCAAUCGGGAUGGUGCUGGGAGCGUACCACGGGGAGUCGUCUUUCGAGCCCGAAUGGCUGGAAGAAUUGAACAUGUUCAAGCGAUCCGAAUCCUGGUUGCAGAGACUGCCCCUGCUCAGCGAAACACCGGAGCCGAUGCCGUUGAACAACGAGCAUUACGAGAUCCGCGGGCCAACGGAUAUCAAAAGACAAGAACUGUAGAAGAAUGGAGUUUAUUGUAGGUAUAAAUUUUGUCCUCGCCGCGCAAAUCAUGAUCGGUUAAUUCGCUGUUCGUUAAACUCCACAUCACUACUGAUAUUGCAAAGCGUCGCAGCGACAUUAUACGCGAAUGAAUCGAACUGAUGCUAAAGUAAAAAAGUUGUUCCGGCGUGUCUUCAGGUCUAUCCUGAAUGUACUUUUUGCAUCACAUCAGAACCGAAAAGAAAUAGUCUCUGCAGUGUGCAGAAACUUUGCAGAGUCUUUGCUGUUUUUUGCAAAAGAGCAGGCAGUUACUUAUGGCGAAACCGAAAUUUAGCUUUAUGGUUAUGGACCUAGCACGCUACUAUUGUAAUCCUAGAUUGUCAUUGUUGCCGAUACGCUCGAUUUUUUCCGCAACUACCAAUCACUGCUAGGGAAGAACAGAAACUGAAACUCUGUAUCUACUUUUUGUCGGAACGAAUGAAAAUGCACACGCAAUUAGACGUAUACGGACGAUUGACAUAAAUCGAACAGCAGCCCAAUCAGACGCAAUUCCAAUUUGAACACUGUAAAUACUAUAGCAGAACUUGAACUGUAACGUAAUUAUGGAAAAGCAAAAAAAAAGCCUGUGUUUGUCAAAGUUGGAGCCACAACUGAAAAAAAGAUAAACUGCCUGAUGCUACCUGUUUGCAACAGGAUUUUUCCUAUUGUCGUUCCUUUGUGUGAAAAAAUUGCGCGUCAACGCAGUGCUGUUCGACAUUUCUAGUUGCUCGCUCAUCGAAGGACGAACUAGCCACCGCGAGCAGGAGAAUUCAGGGUUGAAGAUGAAGUUUCGUUUGUGGUCAGUUGAAUAAAAUCUCUAUAUGUCGCGGUGACAACAAUCGC